AUGGUCCGUCUCAAAGGCGCUGUUAUAAACGUCACCGUCAUCUCCGUCUACACACCGACACUGAAUGCAGCAAAGGAGGACAAGGACAUCUUCUACCGCGACCUACAAGCAGUUGUAGAUCGUACCCCUUCCACUGAUCUUCUAGUUGUGGCGGAAGAUUGGAAAGCUCGCACAGGACCGGCAGAUGAAAGCACCAGUCAUGUUCUAGGUCGAUUCGCCCUCGGAACACGGUGUGACAAUGGCGACUGCCUAGUCAACUUUGCGGUCGCUAAUCGUCUUGUGGUGACUAACACUCGUUUCCAGCACCCGCGACGACAUCUCGUCACCUGGCGCUCCAAUGACGGUCCCUAUCGGGGUGCAGAUAAGGGCAGUGCGCAUGGAUCGGAUCAUACCCUUGUCCGCGUAAGCCUCCGUCUGCGACUGCGGGCAAGGAGAUCCAUCAAUAUCCUGAAGCGAAUCAACGUCGCCAAUCUGAAGCUUCGCGUGGUAGAACAGUUCAGGUUGGAACUUCACAAGCAGUUCUCUCUCCUCCAACCAAGCUCAGAGCCUCAACCAGAAAUUGAAUGGCAGGCUCUCAAAUCUGCCACCGUCGAAGCGGCACACGCCCAUCUUGGUGUCACCCGUCACCGAUAUCGGGACUGGAUCACCGGGGAGAGCCUUCGGCUGGUGGAGGAGGCAAGGGUAGCGCGACUGACAGGAGCUGCGAACUUUCGCGAUCUACGACGCCGCGCAACACACUCCAUCGGCGCUGACCGAAACGCGCAUUGGCGCGCCUUCGCCGAAGAGACUGAGCGUGCAGCAGCCUGUUGCGACUCUCGCAAACUCUACCAGAUGGUGAGGCGGGCGAGUCGCGGAACUACGGGGUUGAGUGAGGCGCUUCGCUCCCGUGAUGAUGCUAUUAUGGCAGGUCUGGGCGAGCGGCUAAAUCGGUGGAAAGAGCAUUUUAACGAGCUACUCAAUCACCCGACUCCGGCGACAGAAUUGACCGUUGAACCGACCGAUGAAUACGACUGCAACACUGCACCGCCAACGGUAGAUGAAGUGCGUGAUAUUCUACGCCAUCUGCGUAACAGCAAGGCUCCUGGUGAGGAUGGUAUACCUGCAGAAGUAUAUAAAGCCGGGCCAGAUGUAUUUGCCUUGUGGGUGCAUCGUGUCUUCAAUGCGGUCUGGCUCUCUGAGACCUACCCUGUCGAUUGGAGCGAGGACAUCCUGCUACCUUUUUUCAAAAAGGGGAAAAGUCCACGAUUUUUAAUUUUAACAUAUAUCACUAUCUGCUCACAUCUAUCUAUCUAUCUAUCUAUCUAUCUAUCUAUCUAUCUAUCUAUUAGUUUGCACAUUAUCUAUCUAUCUAUUUCAUUGUGCACAUUAUCUAUCUAUCUAUCUAUCUAUCUCAGUUUGCACAUUAUCUAUAUAUCUCUUUCAUUGUGCACAUUAUCUAUCUAUUUCAGUUUGCACUAUCUAUCUAUCUAUCUAUCUGUCCGUACAUAUCUAAGUCUGUACAUAUCUAUCUGUCUAUCACAAUCUAUCUGUCUAUCACAAUCUAUCUAUCUAUCUAUCUAUCUAUCUAUCUAUCUAUCUCUCACAGCCUGUUCAUAUCUACAUUUAUCUGUUAAUAUAUAUAUGUUCAUAUCUAUCUGUAUAUACAUCUAUCUCAAUCUGUUUAUAUCUAUCUAUUUAUCUAUCAACCUAUCUUUGUUCAUCAUUAUCUAUCUAUUUAUCUCUCUGUUUAUCUAUCAGAAUAUGUUCAUAUAUUUUUCAAUCUGUUUAUUUCUAUAUAAAUCUGUUAAUAUCUAUCUAUCUAUCGAACCCAAUCUCUCCAUAUCUAUCUAUAUAUCUAUAUAUCCAUUUAACCCAGUAUCUAUCUAUCUAUCUAUCUAUCUAUCUAUCUACUCCAAAGAAGGCCAAUGUUAUGUUAUUCUUGAGCAAGCUGGGCUGCCACACUGGUUCAAAUAA